UAUAUAUUGAUAAUUGAUAAAACAUAUUGGCGACUUGUUUUUAUUGUUUUUGUUCUUAUUUACAAGAGCGAAAAAAACAAUUGUUGUUGGUUAAUGCAUAUAUUGAUGAAUGAUAAGACAUAUUGGCAACUUGUUUUUAUUGUUUUUGUUCUUAUUUACAAGAGCGAAAAAAAAAAUUGUUGUUGGUUAAUGCAUUCAUUCACUAUUGCUUACACGUGGUAUUAAGUUUGUGCAAAUAAGUCAGUUUUGCUAAUUGUAGGUGCCGUCCUAGUGUUAAUUGUAAUAAAGUUAAAGUAGAAUUAAAACUUUAAAGUGUAACAUGUAUCUAAAAGUGAAAAUUAUAAUUUAUAUUUAUAUAUUGACGUCUAAUAUUUGGAAAAAGUGGUAAAUCUCAAUCAUUUUUGUGCCCGCGUUGCAGUGUUGUUUUUGUAUUAUUUAUAGAACUUGUGUUUUUCAGUUAAUAUGGCUGGAGAACAAGAUUUACUCGAGGAAAGCGAAACUGACUUCUCUGCUGACGACGAUAUAGCCGAUCCCACAUUCACCAUCCCAAAAGCCUCAAAAAGGAAAGGGAGUUUACUUUGUGAGGUUGCAAUUAAGGAGCGGCGUUUGGAUUCCAACUGGUCUUCAAAAAUAAUUUUUAAGGCUGAUUUCUAUACCGAUUUCGUGAAAGUAUGUUUAUGUCAGGGUUGCCAAAAAACAACAAACACUUGGAGUUAGUCAUUGUGUUUGGUUGUUGAAGUAUUUGUGUUCAAUUUUGUGUUCUCGAUCCUGCUAUUAUGUGUAUGGUUGAUAUUUAGCUACCGUGUAGUAAAGUUACUGUUUUGUCGUUGGUUUUUCCAUAGUGAUAUGUAUGUAUGUUCAUUCACAUGCUAUUUUGAAAAUAUACUCGUAUAAAAAAUAAAUAAAUAUAUUAACAGCUUUCAUCAGAUGAUAAGGAGACAACUAUUGCAAAAUGCGUUGAGUGCGGACGUAAUAUUAGAGGCUACGCAGGGGUUUCUUCCAACUUUGUCACGCAUUUAAAAUUAAAACAUGCUGACGCUUACAAAAAAUAUAAAAAUAUGAAAUUAGGUAAUUUUGGUUCACUGCAAGAAUGCGUCAAUGGCAAAAUUUUACAUUGGAUUGUGGAUGCUGCUAUGCCUGUUUUUGUCGUUGACAGACAGUCCUUCGUCUCCAUAUUUGAGGGUACUGGACUGAAAAUAAUGAGCAGGCAAACCGCGAAAAAAAGUUGGAAGAUUCUCACCAAAACAUGUUGGCAAAAAUAAAAGAUGAAAUUUCUUCUGCUGAAUAUUUUUGUACAACUGCUGAUAUUUGGUCAGGGAAUAAUCGUAGUUUUUUUGGUUACACUUGCCAUUGGCUGACCCAAGAUUUUCAAAGACAAUCAGUGGCAUUGGCUUGUAGGAGGUUCAAGGGUGCUCAUACGGCAGACAAAGUUGGACAGAUGAUCGCGGAACUUAACAAUUUCUUUGACCUUGAUAACAAAAACAUUGUUAUGACCAUUACCGACAAUGGGUCAAAUUUUAUUAAAGCUUUUAAAGACCAUGGAGUUGACAAUUUCCACCAGGAAGAAGACGACAGCGAUGACGAACUGUCUUUCCGCGAAAAUGAGUUUUUAUUGCCAAAACACCAUCGAUGCUCUAGCCAUACGCUGAAUUUGCUUGCAACGACCGAUUUUUUGAAAAUUUUGAAAGCAGAUCUGGCUGUUUACGAAAAACACAAAAUGAUUUUUGAAAAAUGUAAUAGCCUUUGGAAGAAGUGCAACUGGCCAAAGUCAUCAGAAGUUAUUGUCGCUUAUUUAGGAUCAAACUUGGUUGUGCCCGUUGUGACAAGGUGGAACUCUUUGUAUGAUGCCGUUACAAAAAUAAUACAUCAUAAGAGUAGGCUUAAUAUUUUGUGCGAACAAUUAAGUUUGGCACCUUUUUCAUUAAGUGACGUUCAAUAUUUGGAGUCAUACAAGUUGCUGAUGACUCCGAUUGCACAGGCGUUAGACUUUCUUCAGGGGGAACAAAAUGUGAAAUUUGAACUCCUUUUACCUGUACUCAUUACAUUAAGCAACAAAUUGCAAAAGCUGAGUAAAAAGGAAUUUCACCUAAGCUCAGUCGCUGCAAAAAUUAAUCUGGCCCUGUGGAGCCGAUUUGAAAUUUUUUUUACUUUAUCCCCUGAAGCAAAUAUUGCAAUCACAGCUGCUGUAUUGACUCCAGAAGUUAAAAUGAAGUGGCUGCCUUUUCUGGAAAGAUCCACAACUGGCAUAAACAAGGAAAUAGUAUCCAGAAGGGUAAUUCAAGAAAUAUGUAGAUUCGCGGAAUCAUCAAAUCUCGCUAUUCAAAAUAAUUUGAAAAGUAAUGAUUUGAAACACAGUUCGAGCUUUUUCGAUUUUGAUGAUGAUGAUGAUAGAGCAAAGGAAACCAAUAAUAUGGAAACAGACCAAAUUGAUGUAGAACGCGUGGUUUCCGAUCAAUUUUACGCGUACGUCAGUGAUGUUUCUAUUUCAAUACACCUCUAACUUCAUCAGCACCGGUAGAAAGACUGUUCUCCUUUGCCGGAAUAGUAAAUACACCACGCCGUGGAUCUUUGAAAGGCAAUUUCUUCGAAAAGUUGGUCUUACUCAAAGCCAAUGUAAAAUUUAAUAAUUAAUUGUUAUUAUUAUUGUUUUUAUUUACUAAGUUUAUGUAUAUUAAAUGUUGAAAUAUUUAAAAUUUGUUAUUAAUCCUCGUUAAUCGCAAUUAAUCAGAAAUUGUAAUCAAAUUGAAAUUUUGAUUAAUUUGAUUAAUCCUAGGAUUAAAUUUGAAAACGAAAUAAAUCCUCAUUAAUCC